AUGCUAUUGACGGACUGCAUUGACAAAAUUAUUGAAUGCUGGCGGGAUCCGGAGGUUUACAAUGCAGCCAUAAAGAUCUACGCAUUGCUCCCACCACUCUUUGCUCCCAUUCUCUUUUGGAUCGACGCGCCCUAUGGUCGAUUUGCAGGAAAAUUGCUGUUUGACUGGAGUUUUGGCGGCAAAUAUGCGUGGUGCAUUAUGGAAGGCGUGUCACCUGUCAUGUACACCUUGUCGAUGCUGUUAGUGACACCUACCACCACGCCACACGAAUGGCAGCCGAGCCAAGUACUACUCUACGGAAUGUGGAUGACUCACUAUAUAAACCGUGCAUUUAUCCACCCUUACCGUGCUCCCUCCAUGGCACCCAUCCACUCAUUUGCUUUUCUUUCAGCCAUAUUCAUCAACGUACUCAACGGUUACACGAACGGUGUUUGGAACGCUGGCCAUGCGUUUCCAUUGUCCUCCACACACGUCGCUCUAGGUUUUGGAUUGUGGAUCACCGGUUUCGCCAUCAAUAUCUAUCACGAUAACAUUCUGUUCAACCUGCGACGCGUCAAGAAUGCUAACCAGCGGUACUUUAUCCCGCGUGGCGGAUUGUUCGAAUAUGUCAGUUGCCCCAAUUAUUUGGGCGAGACUAUCGAGUGGGCUGGACUUGCGAUUAUCACGGGAGGAAGCUAUCCAGCAUUAGCAUUUCUCGCCACUACCGUGGGUAAUCUCUUCCCACGCGCCAACCGUGCCCAUGCAUGGUAUAAAGACCAAUUCAAAACAGAAUACCCGUCUUCAAGAAAAGCCAUUAUCCCUUAUAUUCUUUAG